UGUCGACGGCGACGGCAGCCAUCAUGGCGGUGUGUAGCGCGGCUGCUGCGGGAGGGGGAAGACGCUGGUACUUCACCCGGGAGCAGCUCGCUCGGAGUCCCUCCUGGCGCUUAGGGCUCGACCCGGACAAGGAGUUAUCGUACCGGCAGCAGGCAGCUAACCUGCUUCAGGAUAUGGGCCAGCGCCUCAAUGUUUCUCAACUGACUAUUAAUACUGCAAUUGUUUAUAUGCAUCGAUUCUACAUGGUUCAGUCCUUUACCCACUUUCAUCGAAAUGCUGUGGCACCAGCUGCCCUUUUCCUGGCAGCCAAGGUGGAGGAGCAACCUCGAAAAUUGGAGCAUGUCAUCAAGGUUACUCAUGCCUGCCUGCAUCCUUUGGAGGCUGCUCCUGAUACACGGAGUGAGGCUUACCUGCAACAAGCCCAAGACCUGGUCAUUCUAGAGAGCAUAAUACUGCAGACCCUGGGAUUUGAAAUCACCAUAGAUCAUCCUCAUACACAUGUGGUGAAGUGCACACAACUAGUUCGAGCCAGCAAGGAUCUAGCACAGACUUCUUACUUCAUGGCUACCAACAGCCUUCACCUAACAACCUUCAGCCUGCAGUACACCCCUCCCGUUGUGGCCUGCGUCUGCAUCCACUUGGCCUGUAAGUGGUCCAACUGGGAGAUCCCAGUCUCCACGGACGGGAAGCACUGGUGGGAGUACGUUGAUGCCACUGUAACUCUGGAACUCUUGGAUGAAUUAACUCAUGAAUUCCUUCAAAUCCUUGAGAAAACCCCUAACCGACUGAAACGAAUCAGGAAUUGGCGGGCCUGUCAAGCAGCCAAGAAAUCGAAGACCGAUGAGCAAAGUGAGGAUGAUGGCCUCUCAGAACAGACAAUUCUCAGCAUGAUCUCUAGAAGUGCAUCAGACACAACGAUUGCAGGCCUGAUGAGCAUGUCAACUUCUUCAACGACAGGAGCCACUGCUUCACUUCCAGCUACAGGAGGAGAUUCCCCGGGGGAACUAGGCAGUACAGAUAUUUCAUCAGACAGCUGGAUGGCUCAGCACCCUCCACAUAAACAAGAGGUCAGCCAUAGAGCUAAUGAAAUUUCUGCCAAUCCUGAUCAUCUACACCAUGAUAGCAGUAGUGGUGGCUCCUUUGUUAAGCAGAACAUUAAGAAUGCACCACUAGCAAAAGUAUCAUUAAAGGAGUACCGUGCCAAACAUGCUGAGGAGUUGGCUGCACAGAAACGCCAACUAGAGAACAUGGAGGCAAACGUGCGUUCUCAGUACGCUUAUGCCGCUCAGAACUUGCUUGUACAGCAGCAACGGGAACGGGAUGUGCAGCAGGAGAGUAACUCCUCUCCAAUUAUCCUGAAAAUUCCUCUAGGCAACAAUUCCGAUGGUUCUGAACGGCCUCCUACUGAAAAAGCUGAUAAACCCUCAUCUGCACCUAAAGUACGGUUGCCUGCCCCAGGAGAUAAGCCUACUGCGUCUUCCAAACAAGAUGAUAUAAAAGUGCGCAUUAAGGUGCCACCUCCCGUGGAACGGCACAGCCAGUCUGAUGAAAACAGCGGCAAGAGCAGGGGGGAGCACAAGGAAAAGCAUAAAAUCCAUUCUUCUAACCACCACCACCACCACAACCAUCAUUCUCACAAACAUUCACAUGUGCAGCCUGUUGCCAACAUCAAGCGUCCAGGGGAUCCCAAGCAUGGUAACCCAACUGGCAUUGUGUCACACAAGGGUUAUGUCCCAACUUGUUCCUCCCGUAAGAGACCACUUUCUGAGGAGACGUCAGUUGCAGUCCAUGAACAUCAGCCCAAAAUCAGUAAGAGUUCCAAGGGGCCCGCUAUGCCAUUUCCGUUCCCUCAGCAUGCUGGCCACAGCUUGGAAGCAGCUGGUCUACCUUUUGCCCAGGGUAACAAAGCCAGAGGGGCUCAUGGAAAAUUGGACAAGAGCGCUGCAGGGGCCAAUGGGCAUAACAUGAACCAGUCCAUUGACUAUCAGGAUACAGUGAACAUGCUGCACUCCCUGCUCAGUGCACAAGGCAUGCAACCCACCCAGCCAACCAAUUUUGACUUUGUGCAUCAUUAUGGUGAAUACUUGAACCCCAGGGCCGCUGCAAGUGUUGAUAAGCCACGACCACCCCCACUCCCAUCAGAACCUCCCCCUCCUUUACCACCACUCCCAAAGUGAUAGUUUUAAUUACUGAGGUUCUACAGAAAAAUAGCUCCACUGCCUUGUGUGAAUGCUCUGUCCCCUUUUUAAAAGAAAACAUUUUUAUUAUUGGUAGGAGAAUAUGGAGUCCUUGAAACUGUGAAAAGAUAUGCCCUUCUUUCUCGUGUGUGUCCCUACCCCCUUUCAGUUCUCCUGGAAAGAGAUCGUGAAAUCUUUCCUAUAAGACCGGCUGUCAACUUCAGAGAUGAGGGUGGGCUUGAGCGUUGUCAACCCAGUAGGGGAUGGCACAGGACUAUUUAAAUUGACAGUCUCUCUCCUUUUUCUAAAAAGGACUUUUUAAAAUAAUUUAAAGUAAGUUAUGUGUUUAGUGUUGAUUUUAUUUUUCUAAGGUGGAUAAAGGAAGGAGUUAUAGCAGAAAUUGAAAUGGAGCAGAAAUUGAAAUGGAGAGGGCAUACGAGCUCGGUCUACUUGCAGUUUUUAAUGUGUCUUGUCCCAGUGGACGUUGGUCCCAAUGGAAGUUGCUUCUGCCUGAACAAAGACAGUGAAGUUUGGAAAGGAAGAAUAAGGAGAAAAGUUUGAGAAACACAUGUACUGAAUAUAAGUAAAGUAGAAAAUGGAAGUGGGCAGGCAAGGUUUUUCCAGUUUCUCUUUACUCAGAUUGUGAUUCUUCACCAGUAAGUAAAUGGAGACAGAUACAAACCUAGAUUUCCAAAGAAUGGUGGAAUCAAAAAUGUUUCAUUAAGUUGCUAGCUUUUUUCAGUCCUUCCUGCUGAUCAGGGAGAAUUUAGGAGUGAGGUUUUAUAACUUCACUUCCUUCUUGAUCACACUGCUGCUGUUGGGGUGCCCUGUUACUAUGUUUGCCACCUCAGUGCAGUCACUUGAGGACAAAUAGCUAACAUGACUUAGCCAUUAAAAAAUCUCAUAGGACUGUAUUUCGGAGGUAGACAGCACUGUGUGCUAGUGCAGGAGCUCUUGAGAGUGCCUUCAAAAAAAGAAUGCUGCAGUAGUAUAGUUUGGGAAAAAGUGUUUCAGCAGAGGAGGAAGAGCUGGAAGAGGCAGAAAGCCUAUGAACAUUAGAGCAGUAAUCGUGAUUCUGGGAUGCUUUAAAUUAUAUUUUAACUGCAUUAUGGGAUAUGAGAUUUUCACAUUUUGUUAAAAAGGAAAAAGAUAUAAAGAUGACAACAAAUGGAAUCAGGCAAAUUUGGAGAACAGAAUAGAGCAGAGAUGGAGAGCCUGUGGCCUUCCAGAUGUUGUUAUAUCUUCCAGUAUCCCUCACAAUUUUCUAUGGUGGUAUGGGCUCCUGGAAAUUAUAGGUUACCAAUAUCUAGAAGGUCUGAUUUUUCUGUCUCUAGACCAGAGGGAAGAAAAUUGGAUAAAAGUAGGAUGAAGACCUCCUGUUAACUUAAAGAUGUCUAUCAACAAUACAAAAAUAGCCAGUUUGAAUGUGCCCUGAAUUGGUUUGAAUGUUGGUAUAACAUUCUGAACUUGUUCUCCAAUAGUAUGCUAAAAAAUGGGGCUAGUAUUUAAACAUGGUCAUAUAUUAUGUUUCUGUAGAUCAUAUAAGAAUAUUUUAAUUCUACAAAAGCAGCCUUGGUUUGUAACACAGCAUUUGGACAAAGUACUUGGAGUAGGUGGUCUUAAAUCUCAGCUUUAUUGUCUGUUUAGUAUAGUUCCCUUGUUCCACAAAUCAUUUCAGGGUAUUCCUACUGUGCUGAAGUGAAUCCAAAUUAAAAUAUAAGGGACUCUGCAAUUUAAAAGGGGGGCUUCUGUAUUAUCCAAAAUGGAAUACUCUAAUAUAUAUCAAUAGAGGCCUAUUCCAGUAUGUUCAGUAGCAACUGGAAGUUGUGAACAGACAAGACUAGCAGUGGCCUCUAUAAUGUCAUGUGAGUGAAGUUAAUUGCUGCUGGUUUCAGAGGAUGCAUCAUGUUUGAAACGACACUCAUCUGCUUGUUUUUGCUGAAGUAUUUUCUCUGAAUUUGGAAUAGUUAUUUUCCCACCACCUUUGGAUUUCUGAAGCAAUGGUGUCUCAGCUAUUGAUGCAAACUUUGGCCUAGUUUUGCGUAAUGUUUCAGAAACUGUUUCUAAUUCCCGGCUCAUUUUAUUAAUAUUCUAAGUUUCAAUAAAUGUACUGUCUCCACA